AUGGACCCCCAAGCCUACCUAAUCCGCCACGGCUGGACCGGUCCAGGCAACCCCCUAAACCCAAACCGCCGACCGGGCACGCACGGCGGGCUGGGGCUCACGAAACCGCUUCUUGUGGCGCGGCGGCAGGGCAACGAGGGCGUCGGGAAGAAGACGACCAAGGAUCCGACGAAUCAGUGGUGGUUACGGGGGUUUGAGGAUGCGUUGAAGGGCGUGGGGAGUGAGGCGUCGUCCGCUGGGGGCGGGAGUCAGCCGAAUGCGUUGACGAGUGAGUUGUAUCGGUUUUUUGUGAGGGGGGAGACGGUGCCGGGGACUAUUGGUGGUAGUAAGAAGGAUGAGGAGGGAGGGAAGGAGGAGGAGAAGGGGGUGAAGAGGAAGGUUGGAGAGGGAGAGGGAGAGUCGCGAGAGGCGAAGAAGGCGCGCAAAGAGGAGAAGAAGCAGAAGAAGGCCGCGAAGGAGGAGAGACGGGCUGCGAGACAGACGCGACGGGAGGAGAAGAAGGAGAAGAAAGAGGAGAAGGAGAAGAGGAAGGCGGAGCGGGCAGAGCGCAGGGAGCUGAAGCGUCAGAAGAAGGAGAAGGACCACAACCCCGAAGAUGACUAUCCCACGCCGGUGUCGAUGGAACUGGAUUCGGCUGAAUCGAGCGGACGCGACGAGGCGGCUGUUCUGAAGGAGGAGAAGAAAAAGGCGAAGAAGGCCGAGAAAGAGAGCAAGAAGACUAAGAAGGAGGCGACAUCCUCAGCCGACGAGAAACCCAAGUCCAAGUCGAAGUCGAAAAAGUCCAAGGACGGGAAGAAGACGCAAGAUUGA